GCAAUGUGUGUAGUACGUUCAAACACGGAGGGCUGAUACUUUUUAAAAAUGGAAAUAAUGAUGGCGGCCUAUAUUGUGUAAAAGACAGAAGUAUUUAAGAAAGCAAUUUAUUAAGUCCGUAUCUUCAAAUAUGGCCAAAAAAGCAUAUGACUACUUAUUCAAACUACUUUUAAUCGGCGACAGUGGUGUUGGAAAAACGUGUCUUCUCUUUAGGUUCUCAGAUGAUGCCUUUAACACAACUUUUAUAUCAACAAUAGGAAUUGAUUUCAAAAUAAAAACUGUUGAAGUAGAUGGCAAAAAAAUAAAAUUACAGAUAUGGGACACAGCUGGUCAAGAACGCUUUCAUACAAUUACAACGUCGUAUUACCGUGGUGCAAUGGGAAUAAUGUUAGUUUAUGAUAUAACACAAGAAAAGACGUUUGACAACAUCGCUAAAUGGCUCCGUAACAUCGAUGAGCAUGCAAGUGAAGGAGUGGAGCGAAUGAUCCUCGGAAACAAAUGUGAUAUGGAAGACAAAAGAAUGGUAAAUAAGGAGAAAGGAGAAGGGAUUGCUCGUGAACAUGGAAUAAGGUUUUAUGAAACCAGCGCAAAGGACAAUAUAUGUGUUGAGGAAGCAUUUAUGCAAUUAACGCAGGACAUCUUACGUAAGCACCAAGCCGGUGCUGCUCAAAGUGAAGCCUCCUCUGGGGUAGUAAUAGACAAGGACAAUCAAAACAAAGGGAAAACCGCAAGUUGUUGUAACCAGUAGUAAUUGAAUCAAAUUAACCAAUCACAAUUUGCACGUGCUAACACACCGUUAUAUCAUCACAUCACCAAAGUCUGAAUUGAAUAAAGCUAUGUGUUAAAAGUCAUGAAUAUUUGUUGCUUAAUACAUAUCUAACAUAUAUAUAAUGGUCAAUAAUUUUAUACAAUGGUAUUGGAAAUGUUACUUAUUUUUGAUGAGCUAGCCUAGUCUGUCGGGUAGACAGAUAGUCACCUUAAUUCCCCAGUUCUGUCGAGUUGAAUUGUAAAGAAAAUUCUGGAGAAGUCAAAUUAAACCGAAAUAAAACGCCUCCUAAUCUUAUCUUCUCUUUGUGUAACAAUGUUGAUGUUUUUCAUGAGGUGUAAUAACCACUCCAUUGUUACAAUGUAUUGCCUUGCAGAGAUUUUCGAUGUGAACAUUUGUUCUUAUAUAUAAAUUUGCAUUGUUUAUCAUUCAUUUACUAUAAAUGACUGUAUUUCUUUCAUAUCAGAAUAUUUUGAUUAGUUCCAA